AUGGACUGCCGGGGGUACGUACAUGCUCAUUGCCCACCAGCCCGGUUGAAACAAGAAUCAUCCCGGGAGCGGCGGGAACAAGCGGUGAACCGAUCUGUCCCCCUGCGGGGGACCGUGGCUUGCCUGAGUCGGUCGCCGGUUUUGUAUCCGAUACCGACCGGAGACACCCGAGAGGCACGAAGCUCGCUGGCCGCUUCUUGCAGGUCCACAUUCAGAAGCGCCUUUCAGCUGCUAGAUCGGCCACCACCACCAACAAAGCACCUCAACAGGUUCAAGCCUGUGUGCUUUCCAACUAGUCCUCUUCUCCAAGGCAUCCACAAACGGCAAGCCAAUCAGGCUCAGGUCACUUCCUUGCCGAGAAAGACACGUGUACGUCCAGAGCUGAAACGAACUAUAACAGCAAGCAUGGCUUCCGCAGAAACUGCCUCGUUCAAAAUGCCGGUGAUCCCAGACGAUUAUGCCGAGCAGCUCAAGAAGAUGGGCCUGCCUUCCUACUGGGAAGAGAACAAGCAGCGCGACCCGCGGUACCAGUGGAUCCACCCGGCCGCGGAGGUGCGCGACAAGCCGCAGUACAAGGGCGGGAAGGGCCUGUUUGCGACGCGCUUGAUCAAGCAGGGCGAGAAGUACUUCAACGGGGAGUUCAUGGCGGACGGCAUGGGGGAAGUCGUGGACAUCCCUACGCUCAACACGUGGCCCCUUGACAAGCAGAUGCUCUUCCUGCAUUGGUGUGCGCAGAUCAGCGCGACCGAGAUUUUGUCGCCCCGUUUGGACGAGCAGGGCCAGCCAGAGGACUUCGGCGCUUUCGUCAACCAUAGCUGCGACCCGAACGUCCUCUUCCACAACGGUUCCUUCGACAUGGUGGUGCGCCGUGACAUCCAGCCGGACGAGGAGAUCACCAUCGAUUACGGACAGUACAUGAUCUCCGAAACGUCCGUCAAGGAGUUCAAGGACACCCAGUGCGGCUGCGGCGCCAUGGUUUGCCGCGGGCACGUGACGUGGAGGGAUCACCUGAAUCCCAAGUUGAUAGAGUUCUACGGGACAAAUUGGCCCCCUCACGCGAUUGAGAGUCAGAUAAAGCACGGGGUCAGGAGCGCCAACUAGGUGGAGUAUUUGGGCUCUCGUUGGAUGUGAGUAGGGAGGAACAGGUUAAGACUAGGUUAAGACUGACACGAAGGUUGGGCAGUGUUACGGUGACUGGACGGCAUUGCGUUUGGCUUCAAAGUACUAAGGAAAUGCAGAUUUGGUGGCGUUAACGGGACCGACAUCGUAGCUUUGAAGACACUUAAAAUUGUCCUAGCCGGAUGAAAAUUUACAAUUUUGGGCGAGAUGCCAAAUGUAGAUCUCGUAGUGCAGAGUGAUUCAAGCCCCAGGGCGGUCACUGUCUUGCGGCGCAUAAUCUUCGUGCACGGAUCGAAGGAGCCCUCGAUCAUCUUUUGAGUAUACUUGUACCACUUACAUGAUUGGUGAUUACGUGCACGUCAAAUUUCUCAAUCAGUACGCACGCUCACGGGCCCUUCAACAAAAAUUCUGAACCGUCGAUCGAUGGGGGCAGCCCUCAACUUCAAGCCUUUGAACCGUCC